AUUCCCGAGUCGCAACACCAAACACCAUGGCUAAAGCUAUUUUCUUCGUGCUCUCCGCGCUGCUGGUGCUGGCCGCCGCCAUGCCCGAACCCAAAGCUGACCCAGUGCCGGAGGCCAAGGCUGACCCCGGAUAUCUUGGCGGCUACGGCGGCUUUGGCGGCUACGGCGGCUAUGGCGGCUUCAGACGCUUCGGCGGCUAUGGCGGCUUCAGACGUUUCGGCGGCUAUGGCGGUUAUGGCGGAUAUGGCGGCUACGGUGGAUACGGUUACUACGGAUAAAGACAGAAGGAAAAAGAAAACUACACCAUCGGCAAAAUCGUCCCAUGAUUGUAACAAUCGUGAAUUGUUUUCAUAAUUGGCCAAUAAAUUGUGGAAGUGAU